AUGUCCCCAAGCACCCAACCACCAACCAUAAUCUCUGCAUCACAAACCCCAGAAGAAGAGCGCAACAUCGCCCUCGCAAAAAACUACAUGGCAAUCGCGUACUCCCCCACCGAGAACAAAGGCGCCGAAUCCGUGCGCCACCUAUGCACGGAGGACAGCUGGUUCUGGAGCCCGUCGACAUUCCCGGGCUGCGCGACGCCGAUGGACUACGCGGACUCGCACGCGCAGGUGAUGAAGUCCGUCAACGAUCUGCACAUCGUGCGAUAUGACCAGGCGUGGGCCAAGGACGGCCACGUCCUGCUCCGGUAUACCGCUGAGGGGUCGCACUCCGGCGCGCCCUACAAGGGCAUUGAGAAAUCUGAUCCCCCGAAGCGGGCGCGGUGGAGCGCCGCGGCGAUUUUUGAGAUCUCCGGUGGGAAGUUGAAGAGUUUCACUAAGGAUUGGGAUCAGAAGGUUAUGCAGAUUCAACUGGGCUGGGCGCCCGUAAAUGAGUCGGAGGAUCCGCGGUGGAAUGCACAGAUGUUGGCGGAUCCGGAGAAAGGACGCGAGGCGAAAUAG